AUGGCACACAGGCUGCUAGAACUCUCUAGGGACAACACGCAGCUUCUAAUUAAUCGCAUUUUUUCACUACCUAGGAUCUCCACGCCGGAUGGUGUGUUCGCAUCGCUGCCCAAAGAUGAUGCGAUCACCAUGCCACGUAUGUACCCGCUACCCAAACCCAAACCGAAGACAAGGUGGCAGCUUUUCGCGGAGGCACGCGGUAUAAAGAAGCACAAGCGCUCUCGCAAGGUGUUCGACAAGACAACCAACGAUUGGGUUCCCAGAUGGGGAUAUAAGUCCAUAAAGAAAGGGCCAGCGGCAAACCCUCCCAUUGUGGAAGUCGGGGAUGCGGAUUAUGCCCAGGGUGUCGACCCAUUCGAAAAUGCGAAGCGGAGCAAGAAUGUCCAAAAAACACGGCAGAAACUAAGAGAGUUGCGAAACAAGUCGGAGGCGAAUGCGCUCGUGAAAACACAAAGCACACUCCAACGGGCGAAAUUGUCUACACGCAGCUUUGGCGAGUUCGACAAAAAGUCCGAGAGUGUCGGCGGCAAGCCUCGCAUAAAGCGCAAAGUUGCAACGGUUUCGCUCGUUGAGGAGCGCAAAACGAUUGCAGCUGUUGGGUCCACGUUCACUACCGCGUUGGCGCCACCGCGUUACACCACCUUGAAGACUUUAGGACGUGGCUACGCGAACGCUAGAUUGGCAACGCCUAAUGCGUUCUACUGCAGUUCGCACUUGAGGCGAUUUAGUUCAAAGGGUUCGGAGUCGCCAAAAGAGUCACAGCCGGAAAAAGAGGAACAUAAUCAAGCCGAUCAAACAAAUCACGAAAACGCGGGGGCUGAAGAUUCACCUGUCAAUCUAGAAGAGGUGGAAGAACUUCAGAUUAAGCUAGAGGAAGUAACUGAAAAAUUAAAGGAGUUGCAGCUCAAGUACCGCAUAAGCCUAGAUAACUGUGAACAAAUUGAAAAAAUUGCUGCGAAAAAGCUUCACAAUGCCAAACUAUAUGCAAUAACCCAGUUUGCUAAGGAUAUGCUGGACGUGGCAGAUGCGUUCGAACUGGCGUUCAAGUCACUGGGAACUCAAAAGGAUGCAGGAUUGAACGCCGAAUUCAUCGAAGGAAUCCGACUCACUGAAUCACAACUGCACAAGACGUUCGAGAAACACGGCAUUAAACGCUUCGAAAGUCUAGAACAAAAGUUCAACCCUGAGGUGCACGAAGCCGUGUUUGAGAUUCCGGAGGAAAGUGUCGACAGGAAUACGAUCCUUCAAGUUAUUUUCAACGGGUACACGAUAAACGAUCGCAUUCUAAGGGCUGCUAAGGUCGGAGUGUCACGUAAGUAA